AUGGCUGGGACUUCUCGGCGUCCUGCUGCUACGCCCCGGCAGCUUGUCGCGGCGUUAGCCUACCUGCUGCUGAGCUGCCCCGUGCUACAGGGACAGAAACUCUCGCCUGGGACUGAGCCUCACCCGGCGCCCUACCCGCCCACCUCGGGUGCACUCGGCUGCAGCAGCCCCGACGGUCCCAGCGUCCUGAUCGCCAACCCUGGGCUUCGGGUGCCCGCGGGGCGCUCGCUUUGGCUCGACCCGCUCCGGGACCUGGUGAUUCGAGUGCAGCCGGGCGACCGGUGCCAGGUGAUGGUGCUGGACGUCCUGCCGCUGCACCACGGCGCGCUCUCCCCGCGCCGCUUCCCCUGCGCCUUCGGGCCCCGCCAGGUCCAGUACACUCAUUUCGGCUCCCGCAGCCCCGGACGCGCCCGGGUGCGGCUGCAGCUGCUCUAUGAGGCCCCGACUUACACGCUGGCGCUGCCGUUCACGCUGGCGGUACUCGUGGUCUUCCCUCAGCUGGAGCUGGUGACACGCAACAGGCCUUUGGCGGUGGAGAAGCGGCGGGGCUGGAGCCAGGCCAUCGACGGGAGAGUGCUGGACUUCGCCUCCCUGGAGUCCCGAGCCGCGGCCGCCCGCAGGUGCCGGCUCACCCCUCUUCCACCCGAGGGCGGCCCACCGCCCAAGUAUGGGCGUCUGGUGGACGCCGUGGGGGUCCCUCUCCCCAGGGGCAAGGGCGUAGACUGUGAGGCUUUUGUCCGGGCCGGGGUGCGCUACCAGCACACUGCCACCACCCCCUCGCCCAACCGGGACUAUGUGCCCAUGAAGGCGGAGCUGCUAGCGCCAGAGGACGGAGGCGCUGGGUCAGAGGAGGUGCUGCUCCGAGAGCACUUCCAGCUGCUGGUGAGGAUCCUCGAGGGAGCGGAGAACAGGGCGCCCAGGCCCAGCUUCGAGGCCCUGAUGAUGAUGGAAGUCGAUCAGUUCCAGCUGACAGCUCUGACGCCUGAUGCACUGGCUGCGGAAGAUAUCGAGUCAGACCACGAUGACCUGGUCUUCAACAUUCUCAAUGCCCCCACAACCACUCCAAGGCACCAGGGCUACGUGGUCAGCACUGACGACCCCCUGGGCCUUCCAGUUUCCUUCUUCACCCAGCGGGAGCUGCGGGAGCUGAAAAUUGCCUAUCAGCCCCCUACAGAGAAAUUGGAUGGGGAGCACCUCUUCCAGCUGGAGCUGGAGGUGGUGGACGGAGAUGGCGCCACCUCAGAUCCCUUUGCCUUCAUGGUGCUAGUGAAGUCUAUGAACACCCUGGCCCCAGUGGCUAGCUGUAACCGGGGACUACUGCUUUUUGAAGGUCAAUCAAGGCCCCUGUCCAGCGCCCACAGCCUUCAGGUCAGUGACAAUGAUAGCCUGGAAGAGGUGAAAGUGGCUGUAGUCAGGGGCUUGAGACAUGGGCAGCUGGUGGUGCUUGGGGCACCUGCUGGGUGCAAGCAUUUCACACCAGUGGACCUGGCAGCAGGGCGAGUGGUGUACCAGCAUGACGGCAGCAACACCUACAGUGACAACAUCAUCUUCCGGAUGGAGGACGGGAACCACCAGGUAGAAUUCCUCUUCCCCGUCACCAUCGUACCUGUUGAUGAUGAACCACCAAUGGUCAGUGCUAACACUGGGCUCUCAGUGACCGAAGGGCAGGUCGUCCAGAUCUCCCCCUUUGUCCUGAGUGCUACAGAUAUUGACUCUGAGGACUCAACCAUCUGCUUUGUGCUGGAGUGCCAGCCUCUGGAAGAAAAAGAGGAAGAAAGAGGGUGGAAUCUGGCCGCUAGUUCCUCCCACUCAGGUCAGCACCUGGGGGAGAUGCUGCUGCGGCAGGUUGAACCACCUCUGUCCCUUGAAGAUAAAGACUGGCAUUAUGUGGAAAAAGAAGGACUUUAUGAGAAAGUAGUAACUGAGUGGCUUCAGCGAGACAUAAUGGAAGGGAGACUCUUCUACCGCUAUCUUGGACCCCAUAGUCCUCAAUCUGUAGUGACCCAGCUGACUUUCCGUGUUCAGGAUGACCAUGACCCUCCCAAUCUAUCCAACCAGCACUUCUUCACCAUCAAGGUCCAACCAGUGGAUCUGCAGAGGCCAGAGCUGUUUCCAGGGACUACACUGGAAAUGACUGUGCAAGAAUACCAACUCACUCAUUUCCGGAAGAAAUUCCUCCAGUACAUUGACCAGGACUCAGAUGACCAGAACCUGUGGUACACCCUAUUGACACCUCCAACUGACACAGAUGGCAACCACCCAGUCCAGGCUGGAGAAAUUGUGCUCACUGAUUCACCAGACAUGCCCAUCAUGCACUUUACCCAGGCCCAGGUAAAUCACCACAAAGUUGCCUACCAGCCUCCGCAGAAGAAGCUGGGUAUUGUACCGCGGGUUGUGCAGUUCACCUACCAGGUGGAGGAUGCUACAGGCAAUAGUGUACCAGGCACAUUCACAUUAUUCCUGAAGCCUGUGGACAGCCAGCCUCCAGUAGUCACCAACAGAGGCUUUGCUGUCUUAGAGGGAGAAAGCUUUAUCCUCAGCAGUAAUGAGCUGGAUGUUACAGACCCUGACACAGACAUUGACCAGAUUGUCUUCAUGUUAGUCUGGGGUCCUCAACAUGGACACUUGCAGUACUUAAAAAAAUGUAUGGUUCCAGGGGAAUCUUUCAUGCAAGCUGAUAUUAUUAAUGGGAGUGUCUCUUACCAGCACGGCAGAGACCAGACUACCAGUGACACCUUCCAUCUAGAGGUAAGUGACAGGGUGCACCAUGUACCCAUCACUGUCCAGAUUUCUGUGCAUCCCACUGCAGCUGACAAAAGUCCCAGGAUCUCUUUUACAGGUAGUUCAUUAUUAGACGUUUCCAUAGAUGUACUAGAGAAUACAGCCACUGAGAUUACCAUGGGCAUCAUCCAUGGCAAAAAGAAGGGUACAAGUGACUUGAUGCUGUCUUUCACUGUGGAAGACAGUCCCAAAUUGGGCACUAUUCUGAUGAAAGGUUUACCCACAGAACGAUUCACCCAAGAGGACCUCAUCAGUGGGACAGUAGUCUAUGUCCACAAUGGAGGUGAAGUUGGUUUCCAGAAGCAGCAUGAUGCCUUCAGCUUUGCUGUCUGCAAAGAUUCUUAUCAAUGGGUGGUUGGAGACAGCAUAGUGGAGAGAGUGCAGGUGCAAGUGGUAGUGCUGCCUGUGGACAAUGUGGUCCCCAAGGUCUUGGUGAGAGAGUCAUACGUUGUUUAUGAAGGUGGGAAGAGCCCCUUGACCUUAGAACAUCUCAGCAUUGAAGAUGUGGACACUCCGCAAGAUGAAAUCCUAUGCAUAGUGACUGGGCAACCAGCCUUUGGCUACCUGGAAAAUAUUGCACCAACUCCUGGCUCAGAUGUGUUGCAGGCUGGUAGCCCCAUCAGUGCUUUCUCUAUCAGAGAUAUCCAGAUGAAGCAUAUCAAUUACGUACAGAGUAUCCACAGGGGGGUAGAGCCACAAGACGAUCAAUUCACCUUUUAUUGCUCUGAUGGCAUCAACUUCUCCCCAAAUAUCUUCUUCCCUAUAAUCAUCUUACCCACCAAUGAUGAACAGCCUGAACUUUUUGCCCAUAAGUUUGUGGUAUUAGAGGGGAUGAGCUUGGUCAUAGACACCCCACUGCUCAAUGGGGCAGAUGCUGACUUGCCACCAAAUGAGCUUCACUUUCAACUCACAGCCCUCCCUCAGCAUGGACGAAUCAUACAGCAGCUGGCCACAGGCAGCCAGCCCAUCCACGGCUUCACCUUACAGGAGAUCCAAGAGGCCUCCACCAUUGUGUAUGAGCAUGAUGACUCUGAGACCACAGAGGACAGUUUUGAGGUCUUGCUGAGUGAUGGCAAGCAUACUACCCACAGGAAGGUACCCAUUGUGGUGAUCCUGGUGGAUGAUGAGACCCCUCGGCUGACCAUCAAUGAUGGGCUGGAAGUAGAGAUUGGACACACUGAGGUCAUCACAAAUCGGGUCCUCAAGGCCACAGAUCUUGACUCAGAUGAGAAGAGCCUCAGUUUUGUGCUCCGUUCUGGGCCUCAACAAGGGCUUCUACAGCGACUGAGACAAGCUGGAAGGGAAGUGGGGAAUGAUCUCACCCUGGGAAUGAACUUUACCCAGGAUGAGAUUGACAGAGGCCUCAUCUGUUAUACCCACACAGGUCAAGAAGGAAUUCUUGACCUUAUCAAGUUUGAUGUGACUGAUGGAAUUAACCUUUUGACAGAUCGCUACUUCUAUGUCACCAUUGGCAGCUUAGACAGGGUCUUCCCUGAGGUGGUCAGCAAAGGGGUCACCUUGACAGAAGGUAGCAGAGUGGCCAUCGCUGCUGAUCUGCUUAGCACCAGUGACUUCAAUAGCUCUGAUGAAGAGCUUCUCUUUAGCAUCACACGAGCUCCUAGCCUGGGGCACUUGGAAAGCUCUGACCACCCUGGGGAACCUAUUACCUCUUUCACUCAGUUUCAGUUGGCUGGCAACAAAAUAUCCUAUGUCCACGCUUCAAAUGAUGAGAUAAAGAUAGACAGCUUUGAGUUUCAAGUGACUGAUGGACACAACCUUGUGUUCCGAAUCUUCAGGAUCUUCAUCACAGAUAUGGAAGAUAAGAAACCCAUCUUGACCAUCCAUAAACUAAUAUUGCAGGAAGGAGAAAGCAAACUGAUCACUCCCUUUGAGUUGACAGUGGAAGACAAGGAUACCCCAGAUGAUCUUCUGCUCUUUACCAUCACCCAGGUCCCCAUCCACGGCAGGAUUUUGCAUAAUAGCAGCCGUCCUGUGACCACCUUCACCAAACGGGACCUGCACAAGAACCUGAUUAGCUACUGGCACGAUGGCAGUGAGGCGACUGAAGACAGUUUCUCCUUGACUGUAACAGAUGGCACUCAUGCUGAUUUCUAUGUCUUCCCAGACACUGCCCUGGAGACACACAAACCUCAAGUAAUGAAGAUCCACAUAAGCUCUCUAGACAACAGGCUCCCUCAGAUUGCCAUCAACAAGGCUGCCCCAGCUUUGAAGCACCUUGACACUGGACACGUGGGCUUCCUAAUUACUAGCAAGUCUCUGAAGGCAGAGGAUCAGGACAGUUCCCACAGGCUCCUGAAGUAUAAAGUGACCAGAGGACCAAAGCAUGGCUUCAUUAUCAACACCGGCCUUGGAAAUGAGAGCACUCGAGUCUUUACACAAGCUGACAUUGAUGAGAUGAGGAUCCACUAUGUCUUGAAUGAAGGCAGCAAGGCAACAGAAGAUGUCUUCUACUUCUCUGUUGAAGACAACGGAGGAAAUAAGCUAACAAAUCAACAUUUCCAUCUAAAUUGGGCUUGGAUUUCUUUGGAGAAAGAGUACUACAUUGUGGAUGAAGACUCCACGUUCUUAGAAGUGACCCUCACACGCAGAGGGUACCUUGGAGAAAGAUCCUUUAUCAGCAUUGUAACCAAAGAUGAAACUGCAAAAAAAGACAAAGAUUUUAAAACAAAGGCCCAGAAACAGGUCCAGUUCAAUCCUGGACAGACUACAGCCACAUGGAGAGUAAGAAUUAUAUCUGACAAUGAAUACGAGGCUUCAGAGACCUUCCAGAUCAUUCUGUCGGACCCUGUCAUGGCUGCACUGGAGUUUCCCGAAAUGGCAACUGUUGAAAUUGUAGACCCUGGAGAUGAAUCAACAGUUUAUAUUCCAGAGGCAGAAUACAAAAUAGAGGAGGAUGUUGGGGAGCUUUUGAUUCCUGUAAGACGGUCUGGAGACGCAAGCCAGGAGCUAACGGUCAUUUGCUCUACACAUCAAGGUUCUGCCACAGGCACCAUUCCUUCCACAGUGUUAUCUUUCUCUGACUACAUCUCACGUCCAAAAGACCACACCAGCAUCCUCCACUUUGACAAGGAUGAGACUGAGAAGACCUGCCGGGUCCUGAUCAUCGAUGACUUGCUUUAUGAAGAGGAGGAAUCCUUCAGCAUUUCACUGAGCCUGCCAAUGGGAGGGCAACUGGGAGCCAAGUUCCCCACUGCCAAGGUGAUUAUCCUGGCUGAUCAUGAUGAUGAGCCUGCCCUGCACUUUGGGGACACUGAGUAUCACGUCCAUGAAAGUGCUGGCUCCGUGGAGGUCUGUGUCUGGAGGACAGGCCCUGACCUUUCCCAAGCAUCCUCCAUCACCGUGCGCUCCAGGAGGACAGAGCCGGCGUCAGCAGAAGCUGGAAUAGAUUAUGUUGGCAUCAGCCGAAAUCUGGACUUUGCUCCAGGGGUGCGUGUACAGAUAUUCCAAGUGACAAUCCUUGAUGACCUGCCAGAGCCCAUGUUUGAGGGUCCAGAGAGGUUUGAAUUACUUCUCCAGAUGCCCAUGGGUGCAGUGCUUAGAGAACCAAACAAAACCACCAUUUUCAUCAAUGACACCAUCACUGACUGUGAGCAGAGUGAUUGUAAUUCCUUUGAUUGAAAGACUUUCAGGGGCAGGAAACAGCCAAAACACGUCUCCUAACAACAGAAUGAAACUCUGUUUCUGGAUCUUAGCAACUCUGGGAUGUCAACAGUAUUGUACUGUCAUUGGUGUUAUAUAUAUUCUGGUGAUAUGUGCAAAUAUAGUUUAUGUGACUGUAUAGAUAUAGAGAGAGAGAUAUAUACAGAGAAAAGGUUGAGCCCACAAAAGAUUAGACUGUGCUCUUGUUUUCCUCUUUCUAUUUUCUUUUACUUUGUUUCU